GGAGUGAGAGUGGAGUAAGUGUGACAUUUGCUGUGGAAUAGCAUAGCAUGAGCGACAGGCCGAGAGCGGUAGACUGGGCGAGCCAGAGGGGAGAGACACGUGAAAUAUUUUCGGCUUACGUGAUUGAGGUUGACAAGUUCGUAGAUGAGGGCCUGGGCUGGAAGGGUCUGCAUCAUUUGGUCUUGUACUGCCGGUAGUUUCUGAAGACAGGACGGUCGCCGAGGUUGCUGUCAUCGGUUCGCCUUUAACUGCGUGAUCCAUUGUGGAAGGGUCUGAGGGCGACACUUCAGGCCUGUACGGGGAGCGCGAGUUUGGUGCGUAGAUUGUCGCUGACAGGCACAGAGGACAAAUUAUCGCAAGUCGUUAGGAUCGAACCCGGGGUUGCUCUGCUCUUAUUUCAUGGGACCUAUCCUCUUGUCACGGAGUAUCCUUGGCGAAAGAACUUCUGUGUGAGACGAGGAGAAGGGCGGAGGGUAGCUGCAAAGAGUCUCUGGGAUUCGCAAUCCGGGACGUAUGGAUAAUUAUGGGCAGGAUUAUUUCAUGUCGCAGGAAGGAUACGCGUCCAUCGACUUCACUCUUCUAGACAGACCCAGCAGCACUAUCGCCUCAGCUCCAGAAUCUACUGCGGCUUUGCUUCCAGAUUUGCACGUAGCAGAUUCGUCAUUUUCAUCUUUCGACUUUUUGGAUGGGUCUGGAGUCGAUGCCUUUGGUGGAGUCCUUCGCGAGGCCGAUGAAGCUCAUUCUCGUGAUCAAGGAAGUUACCGGUCCGAAUUGCAGAAGUACAAGAAAGAUCAACGAUCACUCCAUCAUAAUUCAGUGACUCUUCACCGAGCGGAUGGCGACCCCGAGUCAGAGCUACCAUCAGCAGAUUUUCAGAUGCCUUUCGAAGUUCAAAAACCUAUGGACUUUUUUUCCCAAGGUCAUACGAAGGAGUCUGCUCAUGGAGAUCAACAAACUCAAUCCCCUGGAACUGAUGCGGCCGAUGGGAAUCAUGACUAUUUCGAGCACAACCAGAUUACCCAGCAAGGAGCUUCAGGAGGUGGUGGAACAGGUGGAUGGUACCCUUCUUGGACGGCUGAUAAUAAUCAGGGAGACCAGACUCAGCACUUCUUCCAGACUCCUUACAACAACGAAGCUACAGAUGAGAGAAGAAUGCUUCAUAUGAAGGGUAGUACUUCGCAGAUGGCCUCUCAAUUGGGCUAUCAUAGUGUUGCCACGCCGCAAGUGCCAAGUACCGAACCAACACCCAAGGCGAUGCAUGCUUUUCUGCCAACUGCCAAGCAGAACGACACUAGGCAAGCAGCUAAUAUGGCCCUCGGUCUGCCUAGCGCACAGUUGAACCCUAGUUCCUCGCCGGUCAUCAAAAGUUUGCCUAGGAGCCAGCCUUUUGACUAUGAAGGUUUGAUGAAUGGUGCCACUGUCGGACAGUUCCGCCAGAAUGCGGCAGCUUCGGUAGAAGCCACCCCAGCUCGGCGGCAGCAUAGUGGUGACGCGAAUCUGGGAGGACAGGAUGCUCUGCGUAGUCAGGUACCUAGUCAAAGCUUCAAAUUUGGCGGUCAAAAUUUAGGCACUUUGGCUUCCGGUGUCGAUCCUUUGAAGGUUGGUGACUAUGAUUUUCUUGGAAGUCAACAAUAUCUUCAGAAAGGCCAAGCUCAAGGAGAGAUGGGACAACAAUUGGCCGUGGACGAAAUGCAGGGAUGGCAUCAACACUCUCUGCUGACUCAGUCCAAUCAACAGCAACCUUCGUAUCAGCAGCACUCAUACCCAGAUUUAGCCAGACAGGAACUCUCAAGACAGCAUCAGCAACAAGUAGAGCAACAACAGUCCCAGCACUCAAGGCAGCAACAACUUCAGCAGUUUUUAGCCAUCAGCAAUCAAAAUCAAAGUCUGGGUAAUCAGCUAUCCGCUUUUCUGAGUGACAGCUCCUUGCAAGAUAUUCCUCGUGUGGUGCAGCCGGAGAGGCAAAAUCCGCAUAUGACAGUUGAAAAUAGUAGGUCGCUGCUUCAGCAAGCGAAUUACCAGACCAUGAAUAACGCCACCAAUCUCAACUGGUCUGCGGGUGAAUCUUCGGCCAUGCAAGGUCUUGCUCAUGAUUACCUUAUGGGAGCUGACCAAAAUUUCAAUUGGCAAGCACUGGCUUUGAAAGCCUCUCCUCAAGUCGAUCCAUCACUUUACGGGUCUGUAUCGGUAAAUAGGAGAGAUACCACCGGGCAGACUCUAAAUCCGUAUCCGGGCAUGCAAGGAGGUCUGCAGGAGUACUAUGGAGGGACUGGGAAACUUACAAGCGCUGCCGCACAGGUUGGUAAACCUGUUCCAAGAAGUGCAGGAGCCGGAAGUUCGAUAUAUGGAAGUGAGUAUCAAUCCGAAGUUUAUGAUGCUGCCAACUUGCAAACUCCCGCUCAUAGUAGCAAGCACCAGGCUCUAGGAAAAAUGCCUUUUUGGCAAAAUCCGUAUCCGCAAUCUGGAGAGCAAUCUCGUACCGGCGUCAAUUUGAACCAAACCAACCUUCCACCCAGGAGUCCCCAAGUGCCAUCGAACGCCCAAGCAAGACAGCAAAGGAAUUGGAGUGGUCAUGCGGGCCAACAAGACGGUCUUCAAGCUGGGAUGUUAUCCGCCGAUGCCUUGAAGCAAAGCAUGAUUGCGACAGGAAUGCAACCCAGUCAUCAAGCUGCAAGUCAGGCAGCAAAUCCUCGGCAAUCUGCAAGAAGUCAGGCUAUCGAGGCUACUCAGUUCAUACAGCAGCAUGGGUCGCAAGCUGCAUCAAGUUCUCAGUUUCUCAAUGCUUUGGGUACUAAGCAACAAGCUGGGUGGAACAGGCAUGCACUACAACAAACUGUUACUCAAACAGGAGUAUCAACUGAAGCCGCACAAAACAUGGAAGGCAUCCAGAAAAAUAAUUGGAGUGGUCUUAAUAUACAGCAGGCGAAUUCGGAAUCGCAGUCUUUGUCGAGCCUCAAACAGCAGAACAUAUGGAGUGGACAUAGUGCGCAGCAAAGUCGGCCUGCUGCGAGCUCACUUCAUCUUUUCACUGAUCUCGACGGGAGACGUAGCAGCAUGCAAGGCAGCCAUGAAUUACAGCAGGGCAGUGCGCAGCCUGCAGGUACGCAACAAACAACAAAGUUUGAUGUUAACCAGCAGAGUCAUAGUAUUCAGUCUGCUAAUGUUCAGGUGAGUGACCCACCAAAUGCAAUUGCCGACAUGAAUGCCAGGCAGCAAAGUGGUUGGAGGGAUCACAGUCUCUUGCAGGGAACUGCUCAAGCGGGUAAUUCACUGUCGGCUUAUAGUGAUCUGGACAAAACCUCUAGUUGGAGAAAUAUAUGGCAAAAUGCCCCGGCUGCUGCUGGUUCUUCACAGAUGAUUGAAAUGGACACAAGGCAGCAAAGCGCUGGAUGGGGUAAUAAUAUGCAGCAAACCAACUCACAAGCUGCGGACUCACAGGUAGCGAGCAUCAACUCGAGAGACCAGAGUGGUUGGAGUGGUCAUGAUGUCCAGCAAGGAAGCCCGCAAACUAAUCAGUUGCUUUCAAGUCUAGACAGCCAACAUCCAGGAAGUCACGUUCCUCAUAGUGUGGAUGGGAGGCUUCAAAGCGGACAAUCUGGUCAUAUGCUUCAUGAAGAGCCUGCACGAACGAAGCCAUCAGCGGAAGUUGAUGGCAGGCUCAAAGGGAGCAGUAGUCCUUACCAUCUUCAGUCGCAGGUUGCAGUGGCAGAGACCGAUGCCCGACAGAAAGCGAGCCAAAUGGCUUACAACUUGCCGGGUCAAACCGGGACCGAGGCUGAAGGUAGACUCAAGGGGAGUCAAAAGCUCUACAGUCUUCAAUCUCAGGUAGCGAUGGCAGAGACUGAUGGGAGACAGAAAAGUGCCUACAGUCUCCAGUCGCAGGUUGGGACAUCGGAUACCGAGGCCAGACUUAAAGCUGGCCAAAACGCUUACACCUUGCAGUCUCAGUUGGGUGCAGCAGAGAAAGGUGGCCAAAAUGCAUAUAAUCUCCAAACUCAGAUGGGAUCUUCUGAGACUGACACGAGGCAGAAGAAUAGUCAAAAUGCAUACAACUUGCAGGCAAGUGAGACAGACGCUCGGCUGAAAAGCAGUCAAAAUGCGUACAACUUGCAGACACAAGCAGCAGUGCCAGAUACAGAUGGUAGGAGCAAAGGGAAUGCGAACCCAUAUAACUUGCAGUCUCAAGUUGGAACUACUGAGUUAGAGCUACGGCAUCAAAAGGGAGGUCAAAACUUAUAUACUUUGCAAACGAGUGCUGCUGCCGAAGUUGACGUCAGGCUGAAAGGGACUCAAAGCCCGUACAACCUUCAGUCUCAAAGUGUUGUUGCAGAAGUAGAAGUUAGGCACAAGGGGAGCCAAAGUUCUUAUAACCUUCAGGCACAAAGUGUUGCGGCAGAAGCGGAUGGCAGGCACAAGGGAAGCCAGAGCGCAUACAAUCUUCAGGCCCAAAGUUUAGCUGCCGAAGCAGAUGCUAGGCACAAAGGAAGUCAAAAUGCUUAUAACUUACAGACUCAGGUUGGAACGUAUCAGCAACCAAGUAACUUAGAUGGAAGGCAGGCUAGAGUUCAAAGAUCUCACAGUUCGCAAGGAACAUCGCAGGCGGGUAACGCCAUGUACAUGUUUCCCACUGGUUCCAAGAGUCAGAACACUUCGAACAGUUUGCAGCAAACAAACCAAAGCAACUGGACCCCUUCCGGCAACAAUGCCGAAAGUUGGCAAAAGAGCACUCUAGGAGCAGGUGGCCAGCAAGGUUUUCAGCAGGUCGGGUUACCUCAGGUCGAGUCUGUGGACACGAGACAGCAGAGCGGUAGCAACUCGCAGCUUGGGUCUCCUCAAAACGAUAGCCACCUCCAACCAACAUCAACCUCUAGGCCUCCCAGUCGAUUGGGAAGAGCUAAUCUUACUCCUCAAGACACUACCUUACCUGCAGUUAUGGGGACGGGGACCAAUUCUUCAGCUGCAUCUCAUUGGCAGACCCAUGGCAGCACUUUUACUACUUCCAGUGCUUCUGCUAGUGAUUUAGUGCCAAGUUGGUCUCGAGGACCGACUCGAAACGAGCCGGAGCUGCUAAAUUUACGUGGAGAAUCGAACAGCGGGACAGCUGCCGAGGCUCCAUCAACGUGGUCUCGUGGUACAGUAUUACCUGGUCGGAAGGAAGUAGACCAACUAAAUUUGGGGGCGGAUACUAGUGUCGCUGGCAAUGAUGCUUUACCUGCGUGGUCAAGGGGCCAAAUGACUUCUUCUCGUAAGGAUGACAUUAAUCUAGGUGGGGAAACCGUGAGUGCUGCAAGUGAGGUUCAUCCGACUUGGACUCGUGGUCAAAGUACCCCUACACGGAAGGAUAUAGAGCAACUCAACCUUGGAGGAGACUCGCCACGUUCUGACAACGAGGUUUUGCCUUCUUGGUCACGGGGGCAAAGCGUGAACAGUCGCAAGGACUCAGAGCAGCUCAAUCUCGGUGGAGAUACCAGUAGCGGUGCGAAUGAGGCAGCACCUACAUGGUCGAGAGCGCAGGUUCCAGCUGGACGUCAAGAGUUAGAGCAACUCAACUUGGGUGCAGAGUCGAAUACCGUCAGCGUGGAGGCGGUUACUACUUGGUCUCGAGGGCACAACACUUCGCGGAAAGACACUGAUCAAAUCAACCUUGGGGAGGAUACGAACACAACCGUCAGUUCCAUACAAAAGGAUUUAUUAACAACCAGGCAGGAAGCCGAUAAAAGGUCUCAAGAAGAAAUGAGUUUUCUGGACGCUGCCACUGCAAGGGAUUCGAACCCUAUUCCUUCUCCUGCCCCUUCUCCUGAUAGAAACAUGUUCCCACCUAAGCAGAAGAGCCUAGUCAAAAUCUCUCCUCUAUCACGGAAUACUCUCGAGCUUCUUAGUAAGCCCGAGGAACCAGAUGAAAGCACUUCCAUGAACGACGAUGACGAAGAAGACGAAGAUAUGGAUCAUGAGGAUAGUGGAGCCAACGCUUCAAGUAUUUCGUUGGCUCAUUUGCGACGAAAUCAAGCAUCUGGUCCAUUAUCACCUCAAGGGUUUGGGUUGCGUCUGGCCCCUCCAUCUCAUUUGACGCAAAACUCCCAGACAGGAGGUCUCUCUAGAGCCGGGAGCUCGCCAUUUAACCAAGGACUGGAUGUAACGCGGCCUGCAGCACCACCAAGCAAGGAGCAGCAAUCGCCUUCCACGGUAGUCGCUGAUCAGACCCAUCGGUCAAAUUCAAACGCGAUGGGAAUGACUGUGUCUUCUGAAGCCGUAACUUCAGCUCAAAAACCAGCCACAACCACUGCAACUGCAUCCAGCAGUGGUGCCCUCUUUGAUUCGUCGUUCUAUCGAAGCAAUGAUCAACAGUCAGCUGACGCAUUAAACCGUUCUUCGGAUCACUUGGAAGGAACAGCGAGCCAGCCUUCAGCAGCAGCUGGUGCAAGCGUGAAGCCCGUUGCUGGUCGAUCUUUCCUUGGGACAGCCCGUGGGGCAGAAACUCGCCAGUCUAGUGCUAGUAUGAUCAGUAAUUUGUCUCAAGUUGUGGAUGCGUCAAGCAGUAGAGCCGCGGAAGAAGUGCACGCCCCUAGUAGUUCAUUUAGCUCGACUCCAACAAAUGCACAAAGUCAUUUCACCAGUGGUACUCCACAGAAGGGGCAACAAUUCACAGCUAAUCCGCCAGGAUCGCAGUCUAGUCCACCGCAGACGGCUGCCUUCUCGAAAUUGCUGUCGUCUUUCAAGGAUUCUUUGGCUGGGCAGGGCAAGCAAGCACCUGGACAACAACAGCAGCAACAACCAUCGCAGCAACAACCAUCGCAGGAGAAAGGUAGUGCAGAAAGGGGUGUGGUAGGAAUGCUUGAAGCAUUUCGUCAGUCUCAUGCCGCAGGCAAACUUCUUAAUGGCAUGCAGUCUUCACAGUGGGAUCCAUCUCAGAUGUCUGCUUCCAUGAAACAGGAGGUUAUCAAGAGAUUAGCCGCAGCUCAUACCCAAGUCCAGAACAAGGUAAGUCAGCCUCCUCAUAUGCAGAUGACUGCCAGUCAGGCUGGCCAAGUAACUACUGCUAGUAAUUCAGGUCAAGCUCUCUCUUCUGCACAACCUGUUCCGGGGCAUCCAGGGUCAGGUGGUCAGACUAAUUCGGCCCAAACAUACCACCAGGGAUCGAUUCACUCGGUUGAAGGAGGUAGCGCGGGCCAGGUUUAUCAUGGGCAAGUGCAAGGCCAGGUUCAGGUUCUUGGAGUGAAAGGAUCAUCUUCUGGGCAAAGUCAUGCGCAGGGUCUAAAUCUUUCAGGCCACACGGGGACCACAGAGCAACCUCAGGCAGGGCAAAAACACGUCCAAAGUUUUGGAGCGGGCGGACAUAUGAGCAAUGUUGCCGGCCAAUUGCACCCUCAGAUGGCUAGUCAGGGCCUUGGUUCGUCAAGUGUGCAGAUGAUGUCAGGGCAGACACCUGCUUCCGGCCCCACCCAAGCUCUCCCUGGGCCAAUGACUCCAGGGCAAACGAUGUCAGGUCAAGUUGUUACUCCAGCGAUGGCAAGUAAGCAAAAUAAGGCACGCCAGCGUAGUAAAUUUCUGUCAAAGUCAGGAGCAGGACCAGAAUUCGAGCAGGGCAAUAUGCAGGAGUCUGACAGAAUGUUCUUGUCGCAGCAGCCUUCGGUUCCAUCAGCCGGACAAGCUGCAUUGUUUCAAUCUCAGCAAGCAGCUCGAGUCCAGAAUAACCCCGUGCAGUCAACUUUUGGUCAUGCUAUGUCUCAAAAAGAAGGUUCGACGCGGUCUCAGGCUUCUCAGGAAGAGGUUCUUGCACCUGCAGAAGGUUUCAGCACACCUGCAGCUGCAGGAGAGGUUAUGGUAGCUAAGGACGUCAGCACCCUUAGUAGCCAAUUGUUCACUGAGAACGACAAAUCUGCCAUUUCCGAGGACGUUAAUGGAAGUUCCAGCUUGCAUUCUCGUAGCAGUCUAGACCAAUUUGGAUCUCGGCAUGAUAAUCAAGGCAGUUCACUGCAGGCCGGAGCGCGAAAGGAUAAUCAUAGCAAUGUAGCGCAACAUCCUGGCCGGCAAGAGAACCAAGGUAGUCUACAGCAACAGGCCUCGAGGCAGGAGGCAAAGAGCAAUUCACAGCAACAUGGAGUCAGACAAGAUCACCAAAGCAGUCUGCAGCAACAAGGAGUCAGGCAAGACAGUCAAGGCAGCCUACAGCAACACGGAGUUAGGCAAGAAAACCAAGGCAGCCUACAACAGCAAACUGUGAGGCAAGAUAGUCAAGGCAGCCUCCAGCAGCAUGGAAUCAGGCAAGAUAACCAAGGCAACUUUCAACAAAGCGUGAGGCAAGAAAAUCAUGGGAACUUACAACAACUGCAGGGGAUUAGGCAAGAGAAUCAAGGUAGCAUACAGCAGCAUGUAGCUCGGCAAGACAGUCAAGGCAAUGCUCAACAACUUGGAAUCCGGCAAGAUAACCAUGGAAGUGUGCAACAGCAGUGGCAAAAUCUGCAGUCGGUAGAUCCUUCUAUGUUGUCUGAUUAUCAUUUCCAAAGGCUACUUGAGUCACAGCCGAGCAUAUGUGCUGCCCUCAAUCAGUACAAGUCAGAUCCUCGACUCUACCAGCUCGCUAUAUCACAACUUCGAGCGUCACUUGGCCAUCAACACAUGUCGAGGCAGAUGGGUCAAUUCCAGCAGCAGGGAAGAGAUGAAUCAGGAUUAGCUGCCACCAUGGGCAAGCCUUCCUCAGAGAAUUCAGCUUCUGCUACGGUUGCUCAGGCAGCUCAAUUACAGGCUGCUCAAAUGCAGGCAGUUCAGGCAGCACAACUCCAAGCCGUGCAGGCCCAGGUUGCACACGCUGCUCAAGUCCAGGCAGCGCAGGCGGCUCAAGUUCAUGCAGCGCAAGCGGCUCAAGCACAGGCUGCCCAGGCUGCCCAAGUGGCUCACGUAGCGCAAGCUGUCCAAGCUGCACAGGCUGCUCAGGUCGUACAAGCAGCGAAAGCUGUUCAGGCAGCCCAGGCCGUACAGGCAGCUCAGGCCGCACAAGCAGCUCAAUCUGGCCAGCUUGUCCAAGCCGCGCAAGCAGCCCAAGCUGCCCAAGCCGUACAAGCUGCGCAAGCGGCUCAGGCUGCAAUCAUUAACAAGAACGCCAAUACUGCUGCUCGACUACAUUUUUUGAGUCAGCUUGCCCAGAGGGGCCACAGUGCCAACGGUCUCGCUCAGUGGUACUCUGGGAUGGCUGGACGACCUGGGGGUCCUGCUGCUCUUUAUGCAUCAAGGAUGGGAGAUGGUAAGGGUCCAGGUGCCGCGACACUUGGUGUUCCAGUAGGUGCGGUGAACGAAAGGCCAGGAGUGGAUCAGUUGGGUGUAAACAGGUAUUACCAAAAUGCAGGCGUAACACCCCCUCCUGCAAAGAAACGGAAGAAGGAGUAUCCAACAUUAAUUCCCUGGCGUGAAGCUGUUUCUCAAGCAGCCGGUUACGUUUCUACCCCAAGUGGUGCUGAGCUGGAGUGGGCAGCUGCAACAAACCGGAUUCCCGACAAGGAUCCUUAUGAAGAGGUCGUUGAUAUGAGCGACACACGAUCAGUAGUUUUGACACGGGCUAAAAGAAGGCUCAGGCUGACUACUCAUUUGAUGCAACAAAUCAUACCUCCGGUGGCAGCCAUUCAAAUGCAAGGGAAAUCAGUCGAAGAUCGUAUCGGUGCUACUUAUACAUUAGCGAAGUUGUCGUUGGCAGAAGCAUGCCGGAUAGCAUCAAUUGCCCGCCGCAUAAAGGAAGUAGCUGCCGCAAGAGAUGCUGAAGAAAGUAGGAUUGAGAAGGAAAGAGAAUUGGCCUUGAAGGAUCAGGACAAGACCAGUGAAAAUCAUGUGGGAGUAUCUUUGCCUAUGAACCUUGCCGACAGGUUCAAGCUGCGGAUGAAACAUUUAGAAGGAGAUUUGCAAAGGCUGGAGACUUCCCCCUCGGCUAUGGAGCUCAUGAAGGAGAUGCACGAAAUUGACAGAUUAGGCCUUGUCAAUAGGUUGGCAGUUCAUCAAACUUCUCUCUAUUCUCUUUCUGAAUCCCCUAACAGCAGGGGUGUUCCCCAGAAAUACGUCACUACUGUGCAGAUGCCCAGUAAACUACCUGAAGGGCUCUUGUGUAUAUCUUUGUGAGCGGAAUGUACCAUAGAUUACGAGUCUUGUAGAUUAUCUCAUUACCUCAAUUUUAGAUUGAAGGGAGGGAUGCCUAAGAUUUUGCAGCCCAAAUUAUUGCUAGCAUUGAUAACUGCUCUCGAUACCAUAUUUGGUGAUAUGCUUCCAAAAAACAUGGGAAGGUUUUACACAAGAAAUAUAUCUAUGAGAGUUGGUAAGAACCCA